AUGGCGCGCGGUGACAGUCGUUUGGGGGCCUGGCAGGUGCUACUGACCGUCUCACUGGUCAUCAUCCCCCUGUCUGCUCACGGGAGGCAUUCACUGGCCAGGCGCCAUCAUCACCACAACCAGUCAUCUGUUAACAAGGAGGCCUUGAACACCAGGAUGGUGCUCAGUGAUGACUCAGCAGAGAGAGACCACCUGAUCGGUCUCGGGGCCAAACUGCCUCUCAGCUCCACCAAACAUCACCAUUCUCAUAAACAUGCCCACCUAGACUUCAUAGAGGAGGACCCACCUGUGGGGGAGGAGCUCACUGCCGGUGGGGCGGGUCCAGACCAGCCAGGAAACCCCUUGUCCGAUGACGUCAUCACCGUGGAGUUCCACAGCCUGGCGCCGGAUGUUGUCCCCUCUGAUGCUGCUCUGGAUUGGGCGAAAGCCCCAAAACCCCAGAAGCAGAAAGGGGGAGACCCUACUGCAUGGACGCUUUCGGACUUUUACGACUACCUGUCCCCUGAUGACGACCUCUCGGCAUUAGAUACUACCCCAGAACCUGAGCCCACCCCUUCUCCCCCAGCCGAAAUGGAGGACGAGAAUCCACUCCUUGUUGGUUCCUCUGCUGUUCCUGACAACGUGAAGCCCAAUGUGGCUAGCGGACCCUCCUCACCUGCUCCUCCCAUGCCAGGGCCGGACAAGGGUGAUGGGUUAAGCUUGGGUGGUGCCAUAGGGACUGACGGCUGCAGGCUGGGCUUUGUACGCUCUGGACCAGGGGUGUGUGUGUCUCAGUGUGACAUAGAACCCAACUUCUGCUUCAAUGGAGGGGUGUGUACCGUGUUGGCAGGAAUGGGAGCCUUCUGCAGGUGCAAUGUGCAGGACUACAUCUGGAACAAAGGCACGCGUUGUGAUUGGGCAGUCACAGAGUUCCAGGUGAUGUGUGUGGUGGUGGGCGUGGCCUCCUUUGUGCUCCUUCUCCUCUUCAUGAUCAUCGUAUUCUUUGCCAAGAGGCUGCACCGCCUCAAGAAUGAGAAUAGGCGCCUUCGCAAACGCAGUAAGUACCGCCCACAGAGCAGCGAGCCACAGACUGAUGGCCUCUCGGUUUCCACAACAGCCGACGGCUCGCAGCCAAAUGUAAGGAAACUCUGUGACACCCCUCCGCCUGCUCCCCAAGCCCACACUCACAACCUGGCGUACUAUGACAACAUUAUCUGUCAGGAUGAGCCUCAGAAGCAGGAGGAACCAGCAAAGUCCCCGCAACCCAAGGAAGAGGGGUCUAUGAACAUCCUCAAUUCUCAUUCCCCCAAGCACGAAAACAAUCGCCCAACCUCUGUCGUCCACGACCACGGACACACCCCCAACAACACAGAGGAAAAUGCCGAGGUAAACAUGCUCCAGAACAACCUGGUAUAA